AUGGGCGACGACGAUCUUGUCUAUGAAAAGGUGUACACUACAAUGUCAAAGAUUGAAAAGAUCGACAAACGGAAAGAGUUCAUUCAGGACGUGAUCAAAACAGAGAUCCUCGACGAAUAUGAAUCUGAUCGCUUGCUCAGUCUUAUCAAAGCCGAGGAACUAUUCAACAAAUAUAAGGAACACUUCAAGAAGAAGCCAAAGAGGAAAGUCGUUCAAGAGGUGGAAGACGAGGGUAUAUUCGAAAACGUCGCGAUUGUUACCAUAGCAGACUCGGUUGUUCCGGCAAUCACGGAGAACGUAGUAGGCAUCGCCACGGCGUCCAUCAGAGAUUUCGCAACAGAUGCGCCUCCAUUCACUACAAGGGCGCCUGAUGUGUUAGAGGUUGCAUCAGCAGUGUUCGAGACCGAGACGUUACCUCCAACAUUUACGUUUUUCGCAACAGAAGCGCCUCCAGAGACUUGCAACGCACCGGUUCCUACUCCUGUGGAAUCGGUUGUGGUAAAGACAGAUGCAACACCAUUAGAUGUAAAAAUUUUGAACCAAGUGGUAUUUUCGGCCGAAUUCCACACGGAAAAAUCUCCUACAGUUCUCAAGUCGUCCCAUACUCUGACAUAA